UAUUUUAAUACUUGGUCCUUGUGUCUAUUCUUCCUAUCUAAAAGAUACAGUAGAAUUUUAUAUUUACAGUCAAACAGAAUAAUACUUAUCAAUACUUGUUGUUGUAUAUAUAGUAGGUACCUAUAUGGCUUCUUUUUUGUUGUUUAGCAUAACGUAGUGAUUAAAUUUUCUGUGGUAUAACGAUGGACCCCAAUAAUGGGCCCAAUCAAGCGUACUGGUUUGUCCUUCGUGAGGAUCAGGGUAACGUUAUAUUCAGUAGCAACAAUAUCACCACAAUACAAAACUCCCAAAUCCCAACCGAUCAAGAACCGCGGUAUAUCAUCGACACCAGCAACAGGCACUACGUUCCUAUUGCUGAGCAGCCUGCUGUUCAGGAUGAUUCUGAGAGUGAUAAAGGAACCAACAAGCACCAUAAAGCCAAAGAUGAAGAAGUCUUCUGGGAUAGAAACAAAGUAAAACUACUGCUCACUCUCUGCUUGGAAAACAAAAAUGUUGACAAGGAUACACUGUGGGAUGAAAUAAGUAGCAUUAUAGGAGUCUCACCAGAGGAUUGCCACACUAAGUACAGGCAUUUAAGAAGAACCUAUCUUAGAUUAUUAAAAAAGAAAAGAAUGGGAAAAGAUAUAAAAUGGGUGCACUAUAACAUUUGUGAGGAGGUGUUCAUGGAUCUGAGAGCACUACCACCUUCUGUACUUGAACCUUGGGAGGAUAAUAAAGUGAGACAACUACUUGGUCUGUACAUAGAUAAUCUGCAGAGAUUUCGUAACCCCAAUUGUUUACAGAAAGACAUUUGGAGAGAAAUUGCUACUGAAUUGGGUACAACAGGUUAUAAUUGCUAUCACAAGUUUAAGAACUUGAGAAGAUCAUAUUUAAACUGGCUGAAUCGUAGUCGUGAAACUGGAAAAGGAAUCAAAUGGCCUUACCAUCAGUACUUUGAAAGAAUAUACUACAAUUACAAUCCCAAUACUCGACCAUGGGAUAGAGUAAAAAUUAAGCUAUUGCUAGAGUCCUAUGCACAAAUAGCACACAAAUUCAGAAACCCAAAAUUACAAAAGAAGGAACUAUGGAAAGAUAUAUCAAGGAAAGUUGGGGAGAGUCCUAGUGCAUGUGACAAGAAAUUCAGAAAUUUAAAACAAACUUAUGUUAGAUUGAAAAUGAAAUCCAGCUCUGGCAGGCCAACAACAAAGUGGAGGUUCUUUAGGGACUUUGAAACAAUUUACUCUAACAGUACAAGAUACAUUAACAUUGAUGGAACUCAGAAGAUAAUCUACAAAGCAACCCAUGAAGAGGAUUACAUUCAACACUUACUAGAAUUUUAUUUAGCACACAAAGAUAGAUUCAAAGAUCCAUUGACUAAGAAUAGAUCGCUCUGGAAAAUGAUAGCUCCUAAGUUAGGGUUAACCCCAGAAGCGUGCGAUAAAAAAUUCAGAAACUUGAAACAAACUUAUAUCAGGUUGGCUUGGAAGAAGAAACAAACAGGGAAAUGUAGUAAAUGGCCAUAUUUUUCGUAUUUCGAUAAAAUAUACGAGAACAGUGCAGUUACAGACGGUGAGCCUGCGCGGCGCACAGAGUUAGACGAUGCGGUGCGCUGCGAGAUCCGGCGCGUGCUGCAUGACGCGCACGCGCGCCGCGAGGGCGACCGCCGCUUCGAACGACUCGCCAGUCUUGCUGAGGAAUCUAAUGUAAUCCAAAGGGAAAGAAAUAGAAUAUUGCAAGCUUUGCUUGACAGAAAAUGAUGAAGUAUAACAAAGUCUGUUUUAAUAAGGCUGGCUGGGUGCCAACCCUUGCGCGGCUGAGAUUUAUGGUACUCGGUUUGUCGAUAGACCGGUCCUGUGUCCGCGACACU